CUUCUUCGGGUUUUUUCUAACAAUAUACCUUUGACAAACACAUAAAGAAACUAUUUAUUUACACUAUACACUCAUUCUACUUGUACUCUGCUUAAGAACAUAACGACAGUUUUCAACGAGUUUUGCUACAGAUAUGGGCCCAGUAAAUAGGGGUGGGUCAGGACAGGAGAGAGGAACAGGAAGAGACUGAACAGACAGAGUGAAGCAGAGCAUGUUGCAACUUCAUGUCAACUUUCCACUUGUCAAGAGCAUUUGCUAAAGCGUUUUCAAGCAGGGAAAGAAGUUAUGCUGGUCGCAACGUCUAUUCACCUGAGGAGGUGAUGUUCAUGAAAAGCCACUAAACAAAUAUAUGAAGGCAAAAGCAAACACUGGAAGACAUUUGAAGGUAAAGCAUUUCCAUCUGAAGCGUGGGAAUAAGAGAAAGCAGUGGAUAUGGAACUGGAUGGGGAACCUAACGCUACUGGACAGCAGGACUUGGAACCUCUCUUCAUUUUAGAAGAGGGAGACGACAUUGGCAGUGUCAUGUGCAAUAGAACAACAGACAAGGGCCAAGGGACUGUAAAGAUAACUGAAGAAGACAAUGGAGAUACUAUCAAAGAAAACAGGCUGCCCGUAGAGGCACAGCAACAAUCAAAUGUAUGUGAGUCUGCAGAUGGGAUUGUAAAGAAGACAGGAAUGCACAAGGAGGAGAACGGGGGUGAUACAGACAAGAGGAGACAGAAGGAGACCGAGACAAAAGACACUGAGGCUGACGUAGAUGUGAAUCAGGAGCAUGAAGCGGCGCUGAGGACAGAAGCGCACGCAUCACAGGAACCACGAGCAGAGGGCGAGGGAGGGCCACACACUCAGACUGCUCCCCAAGAGACCGCAGGGGCUGAACGAAAAGAGACAGACGUGACGGCAGGGAGGAACACAAAGAUUUUAUUAAGACACAAAACAUACCCCAAUGCAGAAACACGAGCAAAGUCACGAGACCUUUUGAGUCCAGAGGAUGCACAGAAAAAGGUCAACAGGCUAAGUUCUGACUUCCCAGACGCUCUUUAUGAGCUCCUGGUUAAGAUGCAGGAGGGAAGAAGAUUGAAUGACCAGCGCUGCUCUUUCAAACUUGAAUCGAGGAGGAGAUGCUAUUCUGAGCCCGGCACCCCACGUCAAACUCAAAAAGUCAUGUUCUGCUCAAUGACGUCCCUGCAGAGGGAGGAGUUCUUUGAGCUGGUGGUCACGUCUCAAAGUCGCCGUCUGGACGACCAGAGGGCUGAGGCCGAAAGCAUUCAGCCGGUCCCCCCACUGGCACAGGCACAGGCACAGGCACAGGCACAGGCACAGGCCCCGCCACCAGCCCAGCCCAAACCCAGCGAGAGGAAGAUGAGCGUUAAGGCCAGUGUGAAGAAGAAGGCCACCGCAGCGCCACCCCCAAAAGAAGAGCUAUACAAUAUGAUCCUCACAUCCCAAUCUCAGGGCAGACUGGAGGAGCAGAGGAGUCGAGCUCCAGGCCCGAUGGACGAUGAGGACUUCUUCUCUCUGCUACUGAAGGUCCAGGGCGGGAGGAUGGACGAGCAGAGGACGGAGCUUCCUGUCGAAGCGGAGUAGGCCUACUGAGGGAAGUACAGGCUGAAUGGGCCUUUUGUCACAUGGAGCCAGACAUAUUACAGUAGAAAUCAACAUGCUUCUAUUUCACAGCUGUCUCCAAAUGGUGUUCUUCUCACAAAAUGCCAAAGUCACCUUUAGAGUCACCUUUAGAGUAUCGAGACUAGGGUAAAUGAGGUUACAAUCUGUUUGAAAGCUAAGGACACCUAACAACCACCAGUCCAGCAUAUGUAGUUAGGGUCAGGCUAUUUUGUACUUUUCUGUCAUCAGGAGCAAUCAAACUUAGGAGCAAAUGUGUAUUAAAGUGGAUGAUAUUCCGUUUUUAUGAGUGAUUGUAUUGUUGGAUGCCAUUGAUGUCUUCAGUCAACAAGAUUCAUUUCAAGCUAUUGAAAUCUAUACUAUUAUUACUAAACUGUUGUUGUCUUAAGAAGGGUGUUGCUACAGUCGGUUGUUAAUGUUAUUAUAAUUGUAUACAGGGAUAUUACUGGAAUAUCCUCUCGCUUGAUAAGGUUCAACACUGAGACACCUCCUCAACACAUGGAUAGUGUGAAUAGUGAUAGUGUAAACAAUGUGUCCUGUGCAAACACAUCAUUUGGGAAAAAUGUUUUCGACGUUCUUAUAGGGUGGCUGUCCCUGCCUCCUUGACCCAGGGCUGUAGCAGUAACAGUAUGUACUAUUAUGGAUAUAAUAAGAUACAUUAAAGUUCAGAUGUUUCCUUAAAUGCUGGCUAGGAGUCCCUACAGAUCUGUCAAUGGCAGGUGAAGUUUGUGUGUUGAGGUCAUCUUCAUCUGGCUAUUUAAACAGAAUAUAAAUGUUGAAUAAUCCUAUGUGAGCAGCUGUGUGCUUGUUGUAUUGGGGUUUUCUUAAUUCUGGAACAUUAUUCAUAUUGCCAUGUUGUUACUGUGAUAAACGCAAAUAUAUCCAUAAUUGAAUAUGCUGUUGUGCUUGCUGUUAGGGGCUGGGGAUUGGGGAAUAACUUCAUUCUGAGAAGUAAAUAAUAAAGUAUUUUAUGUUUUUCUUGGUGGAUUGCAGGGAGUAUGGUUGAUAAAAGUUAAAAGUUAAAAAGAAAAAAAUACUUUGAAAAACCUUAAUUCAUAUCACAAAUUAUAUGAUAAAUAUGUAUUCUUUCUUAGAUGUCAUGACUAUUGACAUGGCCUGCAGUAAAUAUUGGAUGGCCCUAUAAUAAGACCACAAAAUAUUUUAAAACGUCUACCAAAUGUAUGCAGCCUAAAGAGACCAUUGUAUUAUCUUAAGAUGAUGACAUAGUUUAUCACACUUAAGGUCCUACUUUAGAGUAUUAUAUAUACUAAGAGGCCAGGAAUCCUCUCAUACUUGCAAAAAGAAUUUCUGUUACUGCAGCUUCUCAAGAUAUGAUGAGAAGUUUAGAAUAACUUUUUUUAUUCCCCUCCAUUUAUUGUGGCUUAUCGUCAAUCUAAAAGUUACAGUACUUCUCAACCCUCUUGGUAAAUUACAUCAGCCUAGCCCAGUCUUCUAGACAGAAGUUAUCGCAUGAGAAAUCUAAGAGACAGGGUUGCUUGGCUUCCCACUCACUUCACUUUAAAAACUGGUCUGGUCGCUGUGUGAAUUAGCACAAACAGAGGUAUGAGGACCUUUCUGCACAAGCUGAAUUCCUUUCUAACUAACUGUGCUCCUCUCAAGAAUGUCCGCGGUUCAGUCCCCAUGAAAACAAUUCGACAUGAGAAAUAUUUUGCUGUCAUGGACCUCUGAAGUCCCCUUAGACAUUGUGUGGAAAUCUAACCCAUAAACAAGCACAAGACUGUAAGGCUAUCUCUCUUAGGGGACAAAUUAUAAAUGUGAAGGCAAGAUAAUUCAAUGAGCUAGGAUCUGUGAGCUCUGCAUAAGUUGCAGCUGAAAUGACCCAUGGGUUCAUCAGAGGGCCAUCACUAGUAUCGGACCAUCAAGUCGGAUGUCAAGGAACGAGAGGACAAAAUUCUCCUCAUCGAUAAAAAUCUUCCAAUCUGGAAAAACAACAAGCAUGCCCUUUCAAGUAUACACAGUGUUCAGUAUUGCUAUCGUGUAGCCUACAUUCAUAUAAGGAAAAGCAUUGUGGGAGCAUGUAAUGUGGCCUGGGGGAUGCCUUCGGGUUAUUGGGGACACGCAGCGACUUGUCUUGUUUGCCAUUCGCAGAUGUGGUAUGACACUAAAGUUGUCAUUGCGGACACAGUCAGUAUCAGUUACCUUUCCUCUGGAGAACUGCACAUGAUUAAAAGAUGUAAACUAAACUGAAGGCCGUGAUGAUUGAAACAUAGAUGCAACGAGUAGAAAUGUACAAAAAUGUGAGGCAAGCACCGCAUGCAACACCAGUAAAACCCCAGCACGCAACACCGGGUGCAACUGACGUACAACACCAGUAUGUAACACCGGGUGCAACUUCACUGUAACAUGUGAUCGGAAAGUGUCUGCUCCUCACUUAGUUCAUUGUAUAAAUCCUACAAAUUAGGGAAGUGAUGACACUAGGGUUGCAUUUGUCCAAGAACGACAGCAGCUUCAGCAGAAAACAUUAUUUGACAGGAAAAGGAUCACACAAGCUGUAACGCAAUAGUAGUUGUGUAUUUUUUCGAUCCCUACAGAAACAUGCUGGUAUUUGCCUUGCUAAUGAUACAUCUGCCAGCAGAGGGAGAUGCCUCCCAGAUCUCUUGCUACAAUGAUAAAGGGGACACUGUUGACUGGUUUUAUCUGUACAAACUUCCCCAUCAUACAUCUCACAUUGACGGAUUAAAGUAUCUACUGAUGGAGAAAAGCAGUGAGGGAUGGGUGGAUGGAACAGGACUGGUGAACGACAGCACAGGGGCUCUGGCGCGGACGAUGGGGCCUUUGUAUGAGGAUGGUGAGAUAGGACACAUACUGUACAAUGAUCAGCCACCCCACUCAGGAAAGUCAGCUGAGGGAGAUUUGGAAAGCAAUAUAUGUGGCCACACAAAAGGUGUUGUCCUGUUUGGCAAAGAACGUGGCUUUUGGCUGGUCCACAGUACCCCUCAUUUCCCCCCUCCUAAGAGUGCAGGGCAGUUCUCAUACCCUAGCACUGGAGUCAUCAACGGACAGAACUUCCUCUGUGUCACCUACCCACUGGAGCGUUUCCAGACCAUUGGGGAGCAGUUGCAGGUCAACGAGCCCCAUGUGUACGACUGCCACGUGCCCGCGGCCCUGGCCUCCGCAGUGCCCUCCAUGGUGCACCUGUGCGGGAAGGGUGCCAAUGACAACGCAACGGACACUACCUCUGUGGCGGCCAAUCGGAGUGUGGCGCUUACCUCCCUGGGUGGAUCACAGUUCAUCAGCUUUGCCAAAGGAGCGUCAUUCAAAAAUGAUCUGUACCAUGGCUGGGUAGCCCCCACUCUUCAAUCGGACCUGCUGGUGCAGUUCUGGCGGCGGGUCAGGGGGGUCCUGAUGUCCGACUGCACGCUCGGCUGGAAGGUUCUGAACAUGGCGCGGCUCUCCCCCGGCCAGCGCUUCACCUACAAGGCCACCAAGGACCACUCCAAAUGGGCCGUGAGCCCCAACCCUGGCAGCGGGACUAUGGGGAGAGCGGGGUCGGGGGGCUGGGUGUGCGUGGGGGACAUCAACCGGGACGAGGCCGAGGAGCAGAGGGGAGGGGGCACGGUGUGCCUGCAGGAACCUGCCGUGUGGAAAGCCUUCCGGACGGCCGCCGUUCAGUGUUACUCCUGCAAAGGGGAUGUUGGGAAGUGUGACACCGCCCUAAAGGACGCCGGCAGGCAGUGACUGCACAUGGGGUGAGUGACUUAUCCCCGUUCUUAAUCAUUCCACAUUUGGCCAAGCAAGGGCUCAUCUGCAUUUGACUAAUGAGAUCAGUCAGGUAGGGAGAAACCUUCAACAUACAACACUGGCCGGCGGUUGGAGGCGGGGCAGUUAUACAUAGGGCAAGAGUGAAGAUGGGAAUAUAGGUGAGCUGGUACAGAUCUCAUUCACCUAUCUGAACAAUGUUAUGGUAAUAGAAUGCGUCUGAAGCCGUUGGUGUAAGCUGAGAGGCAUGAUGUUUUAACAUCUGUUGAUGUACUCUUACGGUAGAGGCAGGGUCCAUCUGGAGUUUUAAUGAUAGGUAAUGAAUUCUAAAUAUUGACUAUAGUGAUGUGAAUGUUUCAAUGGGUUUUGUAUAGUUCCUGAUACAUUUUUCGAACAAUCUGUCUAUUUUUGUAACAGCUUGUAAUAUGUUUUUAUUUUUUUUUAUCAGGGGAAGACUUGGAUGGAACAUAUUUCACCUCUGACCUCUGGGUAUAUCAGUUUUGUAUGAAAUAAAAGACUUGCCUUUUUCCCCACUGUAACUGCACUGCUACAAUAAAUCCAUCAUCUUUUUCACUUA